AUGGCCCUAAUCUUCUUCUGUUCAUUGCUUUUUCUGAACCCAACGCUUCUGGCUGUCGAAUUCUCUGAUCUGCCAGUCUGCGGACCAUACCAAGCAUGUGCUUCCAGAAUAAGUACCUUCCCCCUGAAGACCCAAGAAGCCGAAGCUGAUGGAGGAUCUGGACAGGGCUCUGGACUUGAACUAAAUGAACCCAUCUAUGAUGAAUUUGUAACUGCAGUCACUCCGUUCGAUUUUGACGCGGAACCUGAGAGCAAAGAGAAGAGAUUGUGCAAAUGUGGAAGUGAAUGUAAGCCUUGUGUCACACUUUGAUUACUAAAAGUUAAACUCAAAUUUCAGCCGAAGAUGAUCAGACCUGCUCUUUUGAGGCCCCCGACAAUGUUUUGACAAUAGAUUCCUCCCUUUCUCUGGCAUUGUGUCAGCCUGUUAAAGAAGUGAUCCAUACCCAAUGUUACGGCCGACGGCAUUUUCUGAUGAUAAUCGGGAAACUGAAUGAGAGCGGGGAAGGAGUGGCGGAUGUAAGCGAGACCCACGUGUCUUGUACUUGUGACAAAUAUCUGAGGGUUGGAAUUGAGCCCUGGACCGAGGGAUACGUCUUCCAUUACCGAUGUGGCCAUGAUUAA